GCAGCUGGUCAAACGGACAAAUUUAACUGCGUAUUAAUUUAUUAUUCAGUCUGAGAAUUUAAUGUCAUGUCUUCUGCAUGAAUUCAGGCAAUCCACGGUUCAAAAUUGGUGUAGCUUAUUAGUGUACUGUAGCUCAAAGGCUAAUUGUCAGUAGAAAUAAGAAUUGCAGAAGAGAGCUAUAUGCAAGUCUUGGGAAUGUUGAUUACCUCUGUGUCAGUUUGGAGAUCGAUAUGGCGCUGAGAGAGUUGAAAGUUUGUCUGCUUGGGGAUACAGGAGUGGGGAAGUCAAGUAUUGUAUGGAGAUUUGUGGAGGACAGUUUUGACCCUAACAUUAAUCCAACGAUUGGAGCAUCUUUUAUGACAAAGACUGUGCAGUACCAAAAUGAACUCCACAAAUUUCUGAUCUGGGACACAGCAGGACAGGAGAGGUUCCGGGCUCUGGCACCUAUGUAUUACAGAGGAUCUGCGGCCGCCAUCAUUGUCUAUGACAUCACAAAAGAGGAAUCUUUCCAGACUCUGAAGAACUGGGUGAAGGAGCUCCGCCAGCAUGGGCCGCCCAACAUAGUGGUGGCCAUUGCUGGCAACAAGUGUGACCUAUCCGAUGCCAGGGAGGUGCCAGAGAAGGAUGCCAAGGACUAUGCCGACUCUAUCCAUGCCAUAUUCGUGGAAACGAGUGCCAAGAAUGCCAUUAACAUAAAUGAAAUCUUUAUAGAGAUAAGUCAGAGAAUUCCCUCUUUAGAUUCAGGAGGAGGAUCUGGUAUCAAAGGUUUUAAACUCCGUCAACAGCAGUCUGAAUCAGCCCGGGAACGCCCCUGCUGCUGAUACACCGCAGCCCUGCCACAUUAAUCCCCAUCAUCUUUCUCCUCUCACAACCUGUAUCCUCUUACCUUCCCUCCACGGCCCACCUCAUCACCCAUAAUGCUGCAGUAAUGUAGAACUGCCUUGUGGGAGGACGCGGGGACCACGACUGUGUUAGAAACGCCUUGUCUCUCAGCGUCUGCAGUUUGAGUGUGGAUUUCUUUUCCCCAGACAGAGCCCCUGGUAAAACCCAUUGGUAUUUCAGUUGUGCAGCCUUGCACAUCCUGUCACCCUGUAACUCUUCCAAAUCUGAAAAAAGAAAGUUUCCUUCCCCAACUGUACAUUGUUCCUAAUCACGUCCAAGUCCGCAGCGGUUACAACUGCCUCCAGACUUCAAAGUCACAGCUCUCUCUCUUUUUCCCCUGUUCCCUGACACACAACUUUUAUAGAUCUUGAAGGAAGAAGAUAAAAACGAAACAUAAAUGCAGAUUAACCUUAUAGAGAUCCCACUGCCAGUCCAGGAACUAGCACAUUGACAUGUGUUUGAGUUCUCUGCCACAACAUGUCCCUUUUCAAUUUUUGAUGUUUUCCCACACAAAGGCGUAGUAUUUGGAGAUUCCAAAUGUGUCUGAAGCGUGCCAAACAGUGGACUCUAAAGCUUUUAUGUUACUGUUGUUUUGGUUGCACUUUCUCUGUCCAUGUUUCUGUCGGAUGAAGACAGCCCUGUCUUUCUGCCCUGGCCGGAAACAGAGCCACAUUGCCUGGGUGAAACUGACUCCACGUUCGUGUUGACUUUGUCAAAUAAUCCAGAAUCAAAACUCUGAAAAGCGCGACUGAUCUGUUUAAAUAUUUGUUCUCCAAACAUUAAGAAAGCUUUCACACUGCUUGAUGAUCUCUCUCGCUGCCUUAGCACGUAAGCAUGUUUUCUUUAUGGUUUGUUUUGUUCAAUUACAGUUAAAAUAUGUCACUUUAUUGCUGAGAUGAGGACCAUAAUACUGGUGUGGCUGUUUUCAUCACAUCUUUAAUCAUACUUGCUUUGAGCUUUAAAUUUUCCAGAAACACAUUAACUAGGUGUCAUCUGAAUUUUCAGAUAGGAUUGGCCAAAACAGUCCUGUUUGAGUACGUCUACAGGUUUUCAGACCACAGGGGAGGAGCCUGAGAAGUGGUCAGUUUCUAAUUGAAACCAGAGCCUAGUCUGGCCCUCUGACAGUGAAUCUGGACCUUCUUAGGUCUGAGGUCCUUAGAGUUACAUUUAUCUGCAGUGUGUGUGCACGCUGGUAAAUGCUCUGCUCCUCUAGAUGGACUUAAAAUGGGCCCAGGCUGUGAGAGCACUGACAGGUUUGGCAGUUAAGGAUUGUUCGAUAUAACUUUUCCAACUGUUCCCAUGUUUUCCACAUCUCUGCUUUACUGGCCCGGAGACCAGACCAGUUGCUGGAAUUCUGUAAGCAUAUUAUGUUUCCAGUGUUUCAGUGCUCUACCAGAAGCCCCUUUAAAACCUGAGUUGUGUCUGAGAGCUUCUCAAACUCCGUAUUUAAGCUGCUUUAGCAUUAUUGUGCUUUAGCAUUAUUUUUGCAUAAAGUCACCUCCCCUUCCUUGAUGUUUCUUUUUUUAUGAUUCCUCCUGGAUCAGACGAUCUUUUGUGACAUGUAAAAUAUGCUUUAAUUGUCUCAUAAACAUGUUUUCAGCCUGUUUGAGACUAAGUGUUGGCUUGCACAUACAACUUUGGUUUAGUGUGUGGCUCAGGAUGAAAAGAAUUAUCUGGAAAGUCAUCAUGUCUCAGAAAGGACCACAGACUGAAACUGAAACUUUGUUUUGGAAAAGAAAAGUAACAGAAAAGUUUUUCAUGUCACAAUGGACAUGCCGCUUCAGAAAUAUACUGGCUGGUUUAUCACCAGAUUUGUCCACUUUGUUACUCCAGUUAUUGGUCUGAUAUGUCCACUGGGCUGUUAUUAUUCUGUCUUUACCUCCAUCCAGGUCCUCACUCUGUGGCUGUAGUGAAAAGCAGUUAAAACAAGUUUUCUAAGAGAACCCUUAACCUCAGAGGAAAAAGAAAAAAACAUCCAUUUAGUUUUCACUGAGAUGAAAAAGACUAAAGGAUUUGGCCUCUCUUUGUCACUAUUCAGACAUGAAGUUCUCACUGUGUGUGUGU